CAUCGUCAUGCAAUGUCUGUAUCUAUCGCUGUCAAGACUCCCGGUUUCAAAUCGGAACUGUCAUCGUCAUGGCAAGUCGUAGACUAUCCAUCAAUGCACAAUGGUCGCAGAUAUUCUGCUCCCUACACCCCAAGUAGCUUUACAUUCUACCUUGAUGAUUCACAGGAGCCACCAGCCACUCACGAUCAUCGCGGCCCGCACCGCCAUCGGGAUCCGCAGCACAAUGGUUCUCCAACUUCUUUCAUUGAUCUUUCAGACGAAGAUAUAUCACAUGAUGCUUCGGACGUGAUCAGUAUAGAAAUGCCGAGCACGGGAUAUAGUCGCCGAAUCUUCCAUCAUUCAUCGUCGGCGCCAUCUGUAGUGGAGACCUUGACACCCGAGGAACAAGCCGAAGCCGAGGGAAGAAGAAAGCGUGACAAGCUGGCCAAACUCCACCGUUUCCUUGGCUCUCGCGUCCCCACGGACUUAGUUAUUGGUCAUAUAGCGGGUCCGUCUUUACCUCCAUCAUCGAUGUCAUCGAUGCCUGUGGACGGCAGCGACAUGUGGCUUUACAGACGAAGGAGCGGUUCAUCUGCCCCAUCGUUCGAGCGUGUCAAGACAGAGCUCUAUGACGAGGAGAAGGCUUUGAAUGUCAGGCGUGCUCAGAAGAUAGAAAAGCUUUUCGGUAUCCCCCCUCCGCAAACCUUGUAUCAUACUUGCCAAGCUCCUGCAACGAUGGCUCGCUCUCAACCGACAUCCCCUGUAGCGUCCCCUAUGACCCCAGCUUACAUACCCGUCAAUGGUCCUGGUUUCUCUCAGCGUAAUCCAAACCAAUCUGCGUACAUGAAAGGGAAGAAAGCACAUCAUCGCCCGGGAACUUCGGAUUCAACUACAUUCCUCCUG